AUGUCUCAGAUCCAGCGCGCGGCUCCGGACGGACCGGGCCGGUACGACCAGAUCUGCACGCGCGGCAGCGGCUGCUCCUCCUCCACCGGCGCGCAGCCGCCCCUCUGCCCCGGACACCGCAGCCGGAACCCCCGCAGGAAGUGGCAGGUGUUCCCGGGGAGGAACCGGUUCUACUGCGACGGGCGGAUCAUGAUGGCGCGGCAGGCCGGGGUGUUCUACCUGACCCUGGUCCUGAUCCUCCUCACCUGCGGCCUCUUCUUCGCCUUCGACUGUCCCUACUUGGCGUCCCACCUGAGUCCGGCGAUCCCGGCCGUCGGCGCCGUCCUCUUCGUCUUCGUGAUGGGGAUGCUGCUCAGGGCGAGCUUCAGCGACCCCGGCGUUCUGCCCAGAGCGACGCCGGACGAGGCCGCAGACCUGGAGAGGCAGAUCGACUCGACGGGAUGCUCGAAGCCUCCGCCUCGCACCAGAGAGGUCCUCAUCAACGGCCAGACGGUCAAGCUGAAGUACUGCUUCACCUGCAAAAUCUUCCGGCCGCCCCGAGCGUCUCACUGCAGCCUCUGUGACAACUGUGUCGAGCGUUUCGACCAUCACUGUCCCUGGGUGGGGAACUGCGUCGGACGGAGGAACUACCGCUUCUUCUACCUCUUCAUCCUCUCCCUCUCCUUCCUCACCAUCUUCAUCUUCGCCUUCGUCGUCACGCACGUCGUCCACAGAUCGAAGCGGACCGGGUUCCUGACGACUCUCAAAGACAGUCCUGCUAGCAUUCUGGAGGUGGUGGUGUGUUUCUUCUCCGUCUGGUCCAUCGUGGGCCUGUCGGGCUUCCAUACCUACCUGAUCAGCUCCAACCAGACCACCAACGAGGACAUCAAAGGAACCUGGUCCAAGAAGGAGGGGAAGGACAACUACAACCCCUACAGUUAUGGAAGUGUCCUCACCAACUGCUGCUCGGCUCUGUGUGGACCUCUGCCUCCAAGUCUCAUCGACAGAAGAGGACGGAUCCGGGCCGACACGCCUCACACCGUCUCCCAGUCCAACGGCAGCAGCAGCUACGCCUCCACGCAGCUCCACGCUCACAUGUGCGACCAGGAUCAGUGCAUCCAGAGCACCAAGUUCGUCCUGCAGGCCGCCGCCACGCCGCUGCUCCACAGCGACCCCGUCGUUCUGGCCCCUCUGCCCGCCAAGACCGCCACGCUGGGGGGUCCCUGCGCCUACCUGGCCCCCGCGCAGCCGUCCCUGCCGUCCUGCACCGGAGACGUCCUGACGCCCAGGGACGCCGCCGCCGUGGACUCCCGCUGCAGCCACCACCUGCACCUGCAUCACCUGCAUCACCCCCACCGCUUCGCCAGCCCCGAGGAGACGCCGUGCAGCACGCCGCAGGGCGCCCUGCCAUGCCCCGCCCACAUGCACCUGCAGCACCCGCCGCCGCCCUUACCCCCGCCGCCCGUCCCGUACGACCCCAUCACUCAGGACGCGCUGCACGAAGACUCGGUGAGAGGGCUGGUGAAGCUCAGCUCCGUCUGAGGCGGAGACUUCAGGAAUGUAACAAAGAACCAGACGUUUUGUAGAAAUCUGCCGAAUCUUAGCCUUUAAAAUCAUAAAAAAAAAAAAACUUUUAUCAUUUUAUUUUACUGAAUGUUUUGAGUUUCUAAUUCCACCUUUUCAGAGUUUAGGUUUGAUGCUGAAACAUUGGUCUUUAUUUAUUACAGCGUUAUGACUGUUUUAGCAGCGCCUUGCCAAAGUUUUUACACCCAUUGAACUAUUUCACACGUUCACACUUCAGUUUAUUUUACACGACUGACCGACACAAAGUAAAGCGUCACUGGGGAAGUGGAAGAUUUCUUAAAAAUACUCCUGUUUUUUAGUCUUUACCAGCAGAUGAGCUGCGGAGGAAGGCGCUCCAGUCGAGUGAAAUUCACACCAUAACUACCAUGACCACCGUGAGGAUUAGGCCGCCUGAAAAACGCCAUUAAACACGGUGGUGGCAGCAUCAUGGUGUGGGGGGGGGAAGCUGAUGGGAAACAGACUGAGCUAACGGAGGAAAACCUAGAGCAAGCGUGUCAAACUAAUAUCUAUAUGGGGCCACUUUGGCAUCAUGAAGUCAUUAAAAGGGCCGCUUGCAUGUGUAGAGACGAUACUUUUCA